AUGCAAGUUAAUGUCGGAAACCCUCCAAGCACGUAUGACUUGCUCAUCGACACUGGCUCGGCUAAUAUAUGGGUCGGUGCGCGAUCCACGUACAAGAGAACUCGAACAAGCCGUGACACCGGCAACCAUGUUGCAGUGAAAUACGGCUCGGGAUCCUUUUCGGGUGAACAGUAUAUCGACGCUGUUACUAUCACCAAUGCGCUCAAGAUGCGGCAGCAGCCAAUCGGCGGCGCCAAGAAAGCGUCUGGGUUCGCCGAGGCUGGAAUCGAUGGUGUCCUAGGCCUUGGACCAAGAACGCUGGCGCAAGGCACGGUCGACAACACCGCUAUGGUACCAACCGUGGUUGACACGCUCUACGGAGACCAUGCGAUAGCCUGGCCUGCGGUCGGUGUCGCGUUCGCCCCUUAUGGCGCGGCAUACAGCACCCCAAACGGCGCUUUAACCUUCGGAGGUUAUGACCGCACUCGUUUCAUCGGAAAACUCAGCUGGGUGCCUGUGACCAAGACCAAGCCCGCCAACCAGUUUUGGGGCGUCGAUCAGCAAAUAGUUUACGACGGAACAGUCAUCAUGCCACAGACGGCAGGGAUUCUCGACACUGGAACCACGUUGAUCUACCUCCCCAGUGACGCAUUCCAGAAAUACAAGCUUGCUGUCAAAGGUGCCAUAGACAGGGAUACCGGAUUUCUGCGGAUACGCAACGAUCAGUUCAAAUCGCUGAAACCUCUCAAGUUCGCCUUGGGAACGCGGACGUACACUCUCAGUCCGAACGGCCAAGUGUGGCCUCGAACUAUGAAUGCAUACAUCGGCGGCCAGAAGGGCUAUGUUUACCUCAUGAUCAACGACAUCGGGGCACCAUCGGGGAAGGGACUGGAUUUCGUCAAUGGAUUCGCUUGGUCGGAACGGUUCUACAGCGUGUACGACACCGGCAACAAUGGUGUUUGGGUUGCUGAUUCGCCGCACGGGACAUCGGAGACUAACUGA